UUAAAUUUCUAAUUCGUAAUGGUAGAGACAAAAUGCAACUUUGUCUUCAUAUGUUGACUUUGUUCGUCAGGAUAUCUACUUUACGACAUUCUCUUUUACUGAGAAGGAUGAUUUACCUAAAGAAAAACAACCACGAUCCAAAUACAGUUGUUGCAAUGCAUAAUUUUAUUACGAAAGAAAGAGAUGAUAACAAAGAAUUUUUGAAAUUUCUUUCAGUCCCAUCACUCGAAACCGUUUGCGUUUUAGCAGAAUUUGAUCCCUCUUUCCAUAUAGAACUUGCAACUUAUCUAAAGGAACUACGUCUUCCGCUGCAGGAUUUAACUAGCAUCCUUGAUCGUCGUAUUUUGAUUGUACAACAAUUCAUCAGUCCUUCAGUUUUACUUGGAAGACCAUUUCCGUCAAUAAGCCCAGCAAGAGCCAUGAACAGUUCAAUAGAUGUUGAUAAUGUUCGAAUUAGAUUCUUAUUUAAGGCUGUCGAGAACUCAUUCAAUCUUUUCUACAUCCUAUCGCCCGAUCGUGAAGAAUAUCUGUGUAUGAAAAGCUCGCGUUUCUGCAAGUAUUCUACAAAGUUUUAUGGUCAAGCAGGUGCCCAGUGGAAGGUUAUCCAGAUAAAAGAACCAAACGGGAGAGAAGAUGAUCCGUCCUUGUUUGUACUUUGUACCAAAAAACAGCCACAGAAGUUCUUAUAUAUCGCAAGUUCUUUUUUGGGGUGUGCUAAAGGUCUCGAAGAGUCAAAAGCGGUUGAUAAGGAGUGUUUAUUCAAACUUGCUCCACCUGGGGAACCCCCAAUGUACAUUCCUUUACCAGAUGCAGAAGGAGUGUCAACAGGAUUAGAUCUUUCUUGUAGUUUGUGAUGAAUAUACAUUUACACUGACGCCUGAAUAUAUAUUUAAAUAAUGGAGCCAAUGGAAAUAAGAAUCCCGGCGUAUGAAAAAAUAAAAUAAUAACAACGGGAGAAAAGAUGUUGAUCACGUGACUUUUAUUGGUCGCAUGGAAGUAAUUCCAGAAUGAUUAAUAAAAGGUAACAAACAUUGUAAACGUCAAGUUGUUUGAAUGUGUAGUUGUAGGUAAAGUUAUAAAAAAGACAUCUCCAUUUUGAUUUCCGCCUCUAAAAAUCCAAAUAUUUAGGUUUUUUAGAAGGGUGACAUAAUUUGAUCAUUACUGAUACGUAAAAUGUUUAAAUCAAAAGUAAUACAUGCAUAUGUAAAUACACAAAAUUUUAAGUGGUUAACAUGAUCACAGAUACAUGCAUCUUAUAUUUAU